AGGGUCUCGCAUCGUCGGCGGUUGCCAGUUGUCGAGCAGAGGUCCAACGGUGCGUAUGCGUAUUUAUUUUCGAACGGUUCGACGGUGCGUAUACGUGUUAUUUGACCCAAAGAAGUGAAAUCCCGUAGCGUAACUUUAGAGAAUGGUGUAGUAGUAGUAGCAACCGUCAUCAUCAUCCGUCGUCGUCGUCCUCGUCGUUGUCGUUGCCGCUAUCGCUAUCGCCGUGUUUCCGUGUCCUCCUCCUGUUUGUUGUGAGUCGUCUUUUUCGCGCGUUUCGUUCUGUUAUUGUUGUUGUUUUUUUUUUGGGUUUUUCUUCUGAGCCCACCGGUUAACCAAAUUGUAACCAAUCCAUUGCGCUACUUGUCCAAUUUUUUUUGCUAUUUUUGUUGUUUGUUUUGGGUUCGAUUUGUAAGAAAGAAAAAAUAAAGAGAAAAGAAGAGAAGAAUGAAAAUCAACAAAUAACCAAGGCAAAAAAAAAAUAAAAGACCCAAAGUGAAAAGAGUGUGUGUGUGUGGUGCUGUAGAGUGUAAGAGUCGCUGUGUGCGUGUGUGUGUUUGCGAUGUCGGUUUUCGGUUACACCAUUGAUGAAUGGCAAACAAAUUGAACGGCAAUGGCCGGUAAAUAAUAUUACAAAUAAUACGAGAAAAACGAGAAGUAAAAACAAAAAGAAGAAGAACCCACUCGCCGCAAGCCAAAAUCAAAGCAAAACACACACUCACGAGUCGUUCGUUUCGGCCAGCGUUAAUUCGGUUAAGCACUUAAAGCGACCGGGUCGUCGGGUCCACAUGGCCUGGCUGUUGGCCAGCGGUUGCUGCCGGAGUUGCGAUGCCACAACAUCGAUUGAGCACUCCAACAAGAACAACAACAACAACAACAAGAAGGACAAGUUCAUCACUGGACAAAUAGUAAUUGCACCUGCCUAGUAUAGUAGUAGUUACUAUACUACUACUAUACAUUGAAAUCCACCAACAUCCGGAGGAGAUUGGUCGAUUAACCCUCGGGGCUUCCAGAUCAGCCAGACCGAAACCAGAACAAUAUCUAUCCAUCUACCAUCUACCCAUCUACCCAUCUACCCAUCUACCCAUCAUCAUGUCCAGCAGUCAUUCCGGCACAAUUGGCCGUAAACGUGUUGGCAGCGGCAGUGCUGCCAGCAGUGAAUAUUACUAUGCUUCCGGCGGACUUGGAGGUGGAGGAUCCGUAAGCGGUGGAGUCGGUGGAGGGAGCGGAGGCAUUGGCGGUGGAGAACAAUUGCGACGACAGCGUUCCGCCGAAUGGCACAGUCACGGUCGUCAUGGUGGUCAUGGUCAUGGACUAAGUCAUGGUCUGGGUCACGGCAUGGGUCACGGCUAUGGUAGCAGCAGCGAGGAUGAGUACCAGAACACUGGACAGGCGACGGCCUUCGAUACCCAACUGCUAGCCCAGCUGCUGCUGCAGAGUCAGCAAUUGGCAAGCAUGGAACAUUAUAAUUCUGACUGCGAACCGGAUUAUUUGAGACAGCGUGGUGGUGAUCGUCGUCUGGAUGACACGCCUGGCCUGGGCGAUGGCCCGGCCACAGUGACCACAGCACCCGAGGUGACCUAUGCGCAGCCGCACCAGCAACGCUCUUCGCUGUGCGCUGCCGGGUCACCGCUGAAGGUGUCCACCGUUUCCGCUGGGAAAUACCAAUCGAAUGCCAAUCUGGGACUAUUCCCCAAUAGCAGCAGCAGUGGCGGGAGUAGCGUACAGAAUGGCGUCACAGCCAAUACGCCGCGCAGCACAAAUCCCUUUCUGAACAGCUCGUCGAAGUUUUCUGGGGAUGAGAGCGCCGGCGGUGGAUUGGAUAAUAUGAAUAUACUGAAAACUUCGGCUUCAUCAUCGACGGCAGCGUCCAGCAAUCGUAGUCAUCGCAAUCGUAAUACAUUGAAUCGUCUAAGUGGAAUGACCAGUUCCAGUAGCGAUUCCCAGACCCACCAGCAGCAAUUUCAGAUGGCUCAGCACCAGCAGCAGCAGCAGCAACAGAUUGCCGCUGUGAAGCAACAGCAGCAAUUAUUGCCACCCGAGGAUAGCGGCGAUGAUGAGUUUGUGCUAGGUCUGGGCUCCCUGGAUGUGGGUAACUGCAGCAGCGGCGGGGAGUCUGAGGAACCACCGCCAGAACCGGCGCCACCCGAAAUCCCGCCACGUACGCAAUCCCUACUCAUGUCCCUACGCAAGCACUCGGACUACAAGCUGAAGUACGAGGAGAAGGGCGACCAGAAGCACGAGGAGUUCAUCCCCACCAGUCAGCUGCAAAAGGAUUAUAUACUCAGCGAUAACCUCCGUUCAGAUCAGCAGCUUAAGCCCAUAUCACCAGGCGAUUCAAAUGGACUGGGUGGCCACCCACAACAGAUGCCGCAGAGUAUGUCAACUGGCAGCAACACAAUCGGCCAUGGUGGCAUCGAUCGCGGCGGCGUUGGACUGCCAAUGGGCGCUGGUACAAUGCCUGGCGGUGUGGGCGGCGGUGGACAAGUAGGCGUGCCCGGUGGUGGUGGAGUUGGUCCACAAGUGGGCGUCGGUCCGCCCGGGAGCGGUAACGGUGGCAAUUGUCAGAUAAGCGGCUCACAGCCGCUGGUCAUGCCCGGAUUCCCAUUGCGUAAUUCUCACUCAGCGCAUGCACCGCAUUAUUCGCCAUAUUCGCCAUCCAGGUUUCACAUAGAUAAACGCUGUCAGCACCGAUGUUCCUGGAAAUGCUUGAGCAUCGCCUUAAUAUUCGUAUCCGUCGUCCUAACCGCCAUGUUGGCAUACUUUGCAGCAGUCAGCUCGAUGAAACCGAACAUGGACAGCACCAACUGCAUCCUAGUCCAGGACGUGAAGUCGCAGCCCCACGAUCUGCGCGGCGGAUUGGCCAAAGCGAACGAUAAGGGUGUGGCCACGGCCUUUCCCACAGAGGAAUCGAUACAGACGAGCACCUCGGACCAUGGCCAGAACGGUCAUGGCCUGAUGAAUCCCUCGGCGGGCAGCGGUGGCAGCAAUACAGGAAUCCAACAGCAGCUCCUCUUGCAACAGCAGCAACCGCAUUCGAUCAAUCAACCGCUGACCCCAUUGGAUGCCACAAAUACCCAGUUGCAGGAUCACCAUCAGUUGACCUAUGGUGGGGCAAUGGCCGGUGUUGGUGGUGGCCUGAACGGUGGACUGAAUGGCGGACUCGGUGGACAAUUGAUGCAGCAACCGGGUGGGAAUCUGAAUGGCCAUCAUCAUCAGGCCCUGCAGCCUCAGCUUGGCGGUGUGGUGGAACUGAAGGAGUUCAAUGAGGCCUAUCAUGCCACCAUACCCGCCUAUCAGUUCUGGACCCUGGAAUUCCGUAACAAACAUCCCGCAUUCAUCCGUUUCAAUUUCACAUUGCCCUGGGGCGCACAUUUUGCUGUCUAUUCGCGUCGCAAUGUGGCGCCUUCGGUGACGCAGCACGAUUUUGUGGAGUUCAUCAAGGGCGGUCGAUUGGAUAGCCACCUGAGACAUCGCCGUAGCUCCAAUGGCACAACAUCUGGUCAGGAUGUGGAGGUGUAUCGCAAGGAACAGAGGGAACAGUAUCGUGAUAAGAGUGUAGAAUCAGCCCAGGAUCAGGAUUCGGUUCAGGAUGAGAGCAGAAGCAGUUUCGAGUCCAACGAAUCUUACGAUAUGGAAACACCUUUGGAUACGAUCAAGCAGCAUCUUCAGAGUAUUGACAAUCCGCAGAGCCAUUGGAUGAACAAGCGAUCCGCUGGCGAUGGGCUGCCCGCCUUGGAUGUGGAUGCCAUGACCGUGAAUGUAUCCCUGUUGCAGUAUUUGGACACCGGUCUGUGGUUCAUAUCCGUCUACAAUGAUGAGUUAGUGGCCCAUUCUGUAUCCCUGUUGGCCGAGGAAGCCGAAGGCGUCAGCACCACCUGUCCCAAUGACUGCUCGGGCAGGGGAAGCUGCUAUCUAGGGAAAUGUGACUGCAUCGAUGGCUACCAGGGAGUGGAUUGCUCGAAGAGCGUCUGUCCGGUUUUGUGCUCGGCACAUGGACAUUACGGCGGAGGAGUGUGCCACUGCGAGGAGGGCUGGAAGGGCGCUGAGUGCGACAUUCCGGUUGGCGAGUGCGAGGUGCCCAACUGCUCUAGCCAUGGACGCUGCAUCGAGGGCGAGUGCCACUGCGAGCGCGGCUGGAAAGGACCCUACUGCGAUCAACAUGACUGCCUGGAUCCACUAUGCUCCGGACACGGCACCUGUGUCGCCGGACAAUGCUACUGUAAGGCCGGAUGGCAGGGCGAGGAUUGUGGCACGAUCGACCAGCAGGUGUACCAAUGUCUGCCAGGCUGCUCUGAACAUGGAACCUACGACCUGGAAACGGGACAAUGUGUUUGCGAACGCCAUUGGACGGGUCCAGACUGCUCCCAAGCUGUCUGCAGUUUGGAUUGCGGCCGGAAUGGUGUGUGCGAGUCCGGAAAAUGCCGCUGCAAUUCCGGAUGGACGGGAAACCUGUGCGACCAACUGCCCUGCGAUUCCCGCUGCUCGGAACAUGGCCAAUGCAAAAAUGGCACCUGUGUCUGCUCCCAAGGCUGGAAUGGACGUCACUGCACGCUGCCUGGCUGCGAAAAUGGCUGCUCUCGACAUGGACAGUGCACCCUGGAGAAUGGCGAAUACCGCUGUGAUUGCAUAGAAGGAUGGGCUGGCAGUGACUGCUCCAUUGCACUGGAACUCAAUUGCAAGGAUAAUAUAGACAAUGAUGGAGACGGCAUGACCGAUUGUUCCGAUAGUGAAUGCUGCUCACAUCCCGCCUGUUCUGAGCAUAUUAUGUGUCUUUCCUCCAAUGAUCCCGUUGAGGUCCUUCUGCGUAAGCAACCGCCCUCGGUGACGGCCUCGUUCUACCAGAGGGUCAAGUUCCUGAUCGAAGAGAACUCCGUACAGUCGUAUGCCCACAUGGACGAGUACAGCGAGAAUCUCUUCUGGAGCUCGUUCACACCUUGUCGCGUUUCGGUGAUGCGUGGACAGGUGAUCACUCCCCAAGGACUGGGCAUCGUCGGCAUCCGUGUCUCUGUGGAUCGCGACUCCCGAUUUGGGUUCACCCUAACUCGUCAAGGAGGAUGGUUCGAUGUACUGGUGAAUGGCGGCGGGGCUGUGACCUUGCAGUUCCAACGCUCCCCCUUCCGACCACUGACCCGGACCGUCUUUGUGCCCUGGAACAGGAUCGUGGUGCUGCCGCCAGUGCAAAUGCAGCUGAGCGACGACGACGAGACCACCAGCAGGAAUAUCAAGGUUGCUCCACUUAAUCCUGCCCUGACUUUCCUCAACUCGAUACACUACCAUACGGCCGACGAGGCCAAUGAUGCCAGCAAGGUGUGCAUGGAUCACGAUCACGAGAAGCUGCGUCCCCAGCUGAUCAGCACGUGGAUGCCAAACGGUGUGGGCGCCAUGCCCGGCAAAAGGGUCAUCUUUGCCGAGACUCAGAUCGUUCAAGAAUCCAUCCAGAUUCCUGGUUCAGACCUCCAUCUGACCUACCAAUCCUCGCAGGCAAGUGGAUAUCUGAGCAUCGUACGCAUGCGCUUAACCGCCGAAACGAUACCGCCCACCCUGACCCAUGUGCAUGUGGGUGUGGAAAUUGAGGGAGCCCUCCAUGUGAAGACCUACGAAGCGGAUCCCAGUUUGGUGCACACAUUCGCCUGGAAUAAACGGAACGUGUAUCGCCAGAAGGUUUAUGGUGUGACUGUGGCAAGGAUUUCGGUUGGCUACCAGCACAGCACCUGUCAGUCGCCCGUAUGGAUUGCCCAGACUGCCAAAUUGCAGGGCUACGAUGUGGAUAUAUCGGAUAUCGGUGGCUGGGGACUGGACAUUCAUCAUCACUACAAUUUCCAUGAGGGCAUACUGCAAAAGGGUGAUGGCAGUACGCUGCACAUGAAGGAAUACCCGAGGACCGUUAAGGUGGUAAUGGGCACUGGUCUACAGCGACCGCUCACGUGUCCCGAUUACUGCAAUGGCGUUGCCAAGGAUGCCAAGCUAUUGACACCCAUUGCCCUGGCCACCGGGCCAGAUGGCAGUCUCUAUGUGGGCGAUUUCAAUUUGGUGCGUCGCAUUACACCCGAUGGCAAGGUGUUCACCAUUCUUCAGCUGAGUGCCACCCAGGUGUCGUAUCAAUAUUACUUGGCUGUCUCGCCAGCCGAUGGACAUCUGUACAUCUCGGAUCCGGAGAGGCAUCAAAUCCUGAGACUUUUGCGACUGGAGAAGGUCAAGGAUCCGAGCAUUAACAGUGACCCGGUGGUCGGUAGCGGCCAGCGUUGUAUACCCGGCGAUGAGGGUAACUGCGGUGAUGGUGGACCAGCCCUAUUGGCUCGACUAUCCCAUCCCAAGGGCCUGGCCAUUGCCGCCGAUCGUACCAUGUACAUUGCCGAUGGCACCAAUAUCCGAGCCGUGGAUCCCAAGGGUGUUAUACACACGCUGAUUGGUCACCAUGGUCAUCAUAAUCACUGGAGUCCAGCCCCGUGCAGCGGCACCUUGAUGGCCAAUCAGGCUCAACUCCAAUGGCCCACUGGCUUGGCUCUGAGCCCUCUGGAUGGUUCCCUGCACUUUAUCGACGACCGUUUGGUACUGCGUCUAACAUCCGAUAUGAAGAUUCGUGUCGUGGCCGGAACACCGCUGCACUGCAGCAAUGGUGGACAGGAUGGCAGGGUGAAUAAGACGGGAGCAGAUAAUGUUUUGGGCACCGUUUUGGCCAUGGCUUUCUCGCCCUUCGGCAAUCUCUAUAUUGCGGACAGUGAUUCGAGGAGGGUUAACUCUAUUCGCGUGGUGGACACGGCUGGAAAUAUGCGAUACUUUGCUGGAAAACAAGAGGGCACAGGAUCCCAGACGUGUGACUGUGCGAUUGGCGGCGGUAGCAAUGGCAGCGCUGCCUCAUCGGGUAUGGGCGGGGCCAGUGGUGGCGCCUACUCAACGACUGUUAAUCCAACGCGUCCGAAUGGCGGCACCACCCCCACUACCCCAUCAGGCGGAAACGGAAGCGGAAAUGGCAACGGUUCGUCGGCAACCUCAGGCGGCGGCGGCGGCUCGAGCGGCGGUGGCUCAAACGGCGGCAACGGUGGUACAAAUGGCAGUGGUGGUGCCUGCAUCUGUGCCGGCGGCAUUGCCCUCUCCACCGGAUCCGGUUCAAACUCUGGCUCCGGAUCAAACGGCGGCGGUGGUGGCACUCUGGCCAGCAUCGUCGGCAGCGGCGGUCUGAUGUCCACUGGACCCACCACUACUACCACUGUGCUUCUGGGUGCCAAGACCACAGCUUCUGGCAUUGGCGGUGGUGCGGCCACCUUGAACGAUGAUGGAACUCUGAGCAAUGCCGAGACGCUGCUAUCGUCAAAUGCCCGAUUCCAGGCCAUAUCCGCUAUUGCAGUGGCCCAGGAUGGAGUCAUCAAUGUGGCCGAUCAAGGAACCCUACACGUUUUGGCCUUGGAACACUAUCUUCCAUCGCACGAUGAAAACGGGGAGUUCCACAUUCCCUUCCCGCCUUCCAGUGAGAUUUACGUGUUCAAUCGAUAUGGCCAGCAUGUGGCCACCAAAGAUCUGACCUCGGGUAAGACUCGUUAUAGCUUCCUGUACUCGAAGAAUACGAGCUUUGGCCGCCUGUCCACUGUGACCGAUGCCUCCGGCAAUAAGAUCCAGUUCCUGCGCGACUACAGCAAUGUGGUGAGUUCCAUUGAGAACACCCAGGAUCACAAAUCGGAGAUCCAGAUCAAUGGCAUUGGCAUAAUGACCAAGCUGAGCGAAAAGGGUCGCCAGGAGAUCGAGUUGGACUAUGAUAGUAACACUGGUUUGCUGAAUUCCCGAUCGUCGGGUGGUGAGACGUAUAUCUAUCAGUACGAUGAGUUUGGACGAGUUACCGGAAUGAUCCUGCCCAGUGGUGAGAUUGUAAGGAUCACAUCCCAGCUGGCAGAUAGCCAGGGACUCACCGUCUAUGUACAUGCCUCUGUGGAGUCGCUAUUCUCGAGAGAACGAAUUGCUGGCGAGGCGAAUGAGCUUUUGGUUUUGGGUGGAGUACGAUCCACUUUCCUGAAACGAGGACAAGCCCAUGCGGAUGCGGAACUUAAGGCUAACAAUACAUUGGUUAUCCAUGGUGAUAACGGUGUCGUUGUGGAGGCCUCAGCCGUUGCCAGGCAUCCACUGCUGGAGGCUGCUCUGCCCGUGGAAGCGGAAAUGCUGGCCAUGUGGUCACAUCAGAGUGUGACGAUGGGUGAGGGAUUAACCAAUUCAAUGUACUCGGUCUACAGUUUGGUCGGUGACGUGAGGAACCCACAGCAGACACUGAAUCGCGAGAUCUGGGUGAACCAGUCGAGGGUUAUUGGUGUGGAAUUCGAUCAGUUCACUAACCGAGAGACCUUCUAUGAUGCCCGACGUACCCCUAUCCUGAUAGUGGCCUACGAUCAAUCCGGUUUGCCCAAAUCCUACUAUCCCACCAAUGGCUAUCCAGUCAACAUCACCUACGAUCGAUUCAAUCGAGUUGAAGGAUGGGCCUGGGGACCAGCUGAGCUGAAGUAUAGCUACGAUCGACAUGGACUGCUCUCGGAGAUCACCUCGCAGCAGGAUGGCAUAGUGUCUUUCGUGUACAACGAUUGGAAUCUGGUCUCCGAAAUCGGUUUGGCCAGUCAACGAAAGUUUGUGCUGCAGUACGACGAUGCUGGUGGCCUAAGGCAUGUGGUCCUUCCUUCGGGCACUCGUCAUAGCUUCAGCAUGCAGACCUCGAUUGGAUUUAUCCGGUGUACUUACACUCCACCCGGCAGUACGAGAGCCUAUCUACAGCACUACAGUCACGCGGGAGCCCUGCUCCAGACGAUUCUGCCAGGAGAUGGUGCCAGGAUUGUUUAUCGCUACAAUGCAGCUGGUCAGCUGACGGAGGUGGUCCAUGGUGAUGGCCGGAGUGAGUUCCAGUACAACGAGGCCACCGGAAUGCCGAGCACAGUUUCGCACACGGAACGAGAGUUGGAGUACCGAUGGGACUUUGAAUAUGCCGCCGGAUUGCUGGCCGAGGAGAGAAUCGAUUAUGUGGCCAAGACGGGUCUGAGCAAUGCCAAGUUCAGCUAUGAGUACGAUUCGCAGUUGAGAGUAGUGGCCCUGCAGGGCAGGAUUGGGGGACAGAGUUUGCCAACGCAGGCCUUUGCCUAUGAUCCGCGGACAGGAAGGCCCAGCUUGAUAGGUCAAUUCCGAUUCUCGCAACCAGUACAGAAUCAAACCCAAUUGCACGAUGGAACGGCAAGCUUUACGAGAACCGUGGAUGGUCGUUUCCAGACACAGCGAAUGGCCUUGGCUAUCCAUCGAUUGGAGGUGUUCCGUAUGGAGUUCUCCUAUGGAGUGCAUGGCAGGAUCUCACAGACACGGACCUAUACCCGCAAUAUGGCAGUGAAUAGCUAUACCAACGUGAAGAACUACACCUGGGACUGCGAUGGACAGUUGGUGGGCGUGGAGGCCCAGGAACCUUGGGGAUUCCGGUACGACGACAAUGGCAAUCUGCUGUCACUCACAUACAGAGGCAAUACGAUACCCAUGGAGUACAAUGCCCAGGACAGGAUUGUUAAAUUCGGUGAAGGGCAGUACAAGUACGAUGCUAGAGGAUUGGUGGCCCAGAAUGCUAGGGAGGAGCGAUUCCAUUAUAAUACCCAGGGUCUGCUUGUGAGGGCCUCGAAGCGGGGUCGAUUCGAUGUCCGUUACUACUAUGACCAUCUGAAGCGUCUGACCACCAGAAAGGAUAACUUUGGCAAUGUGACGCAGUUCUUCUACACGAAUCAGCAGCGACCCUAUGAGGUCAGCCAGAUCUAUUCGCCGAGGGAUGGAAAGUUAAUGUCACUGACCUACGACGAUGUGGGUCAUCUGAUCUAUGCCCAGGUCUAUAGGCACAAAUACUACGUGGCCACGGACCAGAGUGGUACUCCCCUGAUGCUGUUUAAUCAGUAUGGCGAGGGAAUUCGGGAAAUAAUGCGUUCACCCUUCGGUCACAUCGUCUACGAUUCGAAUCCAUAUCUAUAUCUGCCCAUUGAUUUCUGUGGUGGCAUUCUCGAUCAGGUUACAACGCUGGUGCACAUGGGAGAUGGUCGGGUAUACGAUCCAUUGAUUGGCCAAUGGAUGUCGCCGGAUUGGCAGAGAGUAGCCGAAAGGAUUAUCACACCGACAAGACUGCAUUUGUAUCGCUUCAACGGCAACGAUCCCAUCAAUGUGGGUCACGAACGACACUAUCCCGAGGACUUUGCCGCCUGGAUGAGAACCCUGGGCUAUAACGUGGGCAAUCUGGUGCCCCAGUUGGCUCGCGAUCUGUGGCAACCACCAGCAUUGUGGGGACGACCACCGGCCAAUCCGGUGGCCCUGAAUCUGCGCAGACCCUUCGACAAUAUACCCACCAUGGCGGUGGAAAGUGGCUUCCUGGCUCACCUUAAUGUCCGCCGGAUGUCGGACUUUGAACAGCUGUCGGCACCACCACGUUCGGCCCUUAAAUGCGAUGUUAUGGAUCCGUCACCGAAGACAAUAGGAUCGGAUACGGAGCCACCAUUUGGCAAGGGCAUCGUCGUCUCCCGCACCGCCGACGGACAGGCCAUAGUGUCCAGUGUGCCGGCUGCGAAUGCCAUUUACCGGGAUGUCUACACCAGCGUAUUCAAUCGCUCCAAGCUGCUGCCCUUCACCUUUGUGGUGCACAAUGCCCAGCAGGACUCGUUCUUCUUUGUGAAGGAGGACGCUUGGCGGGCAACGGAGGAUCGCCAGCAGCUGAAACGUCUGCAGGGUCAGGUGAACACCACCUUCCAUGAGAUCACACGAGAGGCGACAGUUGGUAGUGGCGGUGGUUCAUCGGGAUCAACAAAUGGUGGUUCUGGUUCCUCAUCAUCGUCGUCGUCAUCCUCAUCUUCCUCGUCCAGUAGUGGCUCAUCCUCGAAUACGGGUAACUAUCUGGAUGUGAAGAUUCAUGGAGCACAUGCCAUCAUCAAUCUGCGCUACGGCACAACCGUGGCCAAGGAACAGCAGCGACUGAUGCAUCACGCCAAGCUGACGGCGGUGCGAAAGGCGUGGCAUCGCGAGAAGGAGGCACUGCGAAGUGGCCUGACAACGGCACUUGAGUGGAGCCAACAGGAGACCGAGGAGAUUCUCAAGCAGAGCUAUGCCAAUAACUACGAGGGCGAGUACAUCCACGAUGUUAACCUCUAUCCGGAACUGGCGGAGGAUCCCUAUAAUAUAAAGUUCGUAAAGAAAAAGGGCGCCACUGGUGGUGCGGCGGGAGUACCCAAUACCCGAAGGAGACGCCGUCGAUCCACCGAUCCUCUCCAGGAGGAGGAUCAAGUCGACUGUUAGCUCUUAAGAGCUCUAAAGGGGGGUAAUAAACCCCUGAAAACCAGCCACUAAAACCGAAGAACAGGAGACGUAAUAUAUAUAUAUAUAUAUAAAACCCAAUUUAUAUAUAUAUAUAUAGUUAUCGGAACAUUAUAUAUAUAUAUACAUACAUAUAUAUAUAUAUAUAUAUAAACACGUAUACAUAAAUAUUUUUUUUUAUUGUUAGCCAUUAGAGAAAAAGUAAAGAAAUUUAAGGAAGCGACAAGGCCAACGUAAUCCCAUGUAGCUGUGCAUGUACGUUAAUAUGUGUGUGUGUUUGUGUGUGUUUGUGUAUACGUGUGUGUGUGUGAAGUCAGCUAAGCCGCAGAUACAUUUACAGAAUACAGCCACGGAUAUAUAGACGCAGUUAUAGAUAUACAGAUAUAUAUAUAUAUAGAUAUAUACACACACAUAAAGAUAAUGGAUAGCAUAGUGUAGUAGUCAUACGAGCAUAGAGCGUACCAUACAUACAAGACAUAUGUACAUGCAUACUCACCACAAUAAGGGGGCGUAGAAUGGAAUAUUAGCAGGGGGCAGGGCAGGGCAGGGCAGGUCAGGGCGGGGCGGGGAUAUAUAUUAUAUAAUAUAUAUAUAUUAAAGAAAAGGGCGUAUCGUUUUUUUUUUCGUGGUACUCGAGCUUUUUGAGACUGGCAUAGUUUUAAACAAAAACAAAUGAAACGGCGACUGGCGACUGGCGACUGACAACCGACGGACCUUCAGAGGAGGAGCUGAUCCCUUGGAUCUUCCUCCUUAAACUCCAGUCAUCCAAUGUACAUAGGUAAGGGAGGAGCAAGAGGAGUGAUGGGGUGGCGUCACCGGAAACGGAAGGGGAAGUGGACAUUUUAGAGGGACAGCCCAGACCAAAACGCAUUCACACACAAACAUAGGCACACACACACACACAGACCGACGGACCUACACUAGACUACAACCGGUUUUUGGGUUGUGGGAGAUUUUUGCUUAGCGAAAGCUUUCUCUCAUUUGCUUUGCACAGUGUCAGCUUUUCAAAAACUAAACAGAAAAUAUAAGAAAAUAAAAAAAAGAACAAAAAAGUAUUUAUAGAAAUCGAACAACAAAAUUUAGCUGCUAGGCAAAGUGUUUUUUUUUUUAAAUAAACAUAUAAAUGGAUAUAAAUUUAAUAUAGAAGACAGACACACACACACAUAUUUAUAGAGAGAGACCUAUAGCCGUAAUGUCCUGAUAGAUAAGUUUAAGUUUCGUCCUACUUAAUUAACUAAUUUAUUCAUUAUUAUUGUUCAUAUAUAUAUAUAUAUAUAAAGAUAAACAUACAUAUAUAUAUAUAUAUGGCCGAGGCAAGGGCAAACACAUCCACAAUCCAAAAAAAGAGGAGAAAGAGGAGAAAGAAAACAACAAAAAAGAAAGGAAGAAAAUAUCGAACUAAUUUUAAUUAUAAAUAUUAAUGCUAUUAUUGCGUGGAAUGUGAAAUGUUUUGUUAUUAUUUGUAAGUCUGCUUUUCCGAACUCAGCUCAGCUCAAUGCGGCCCAAAAUAAACUCACAACCAGCAAAAGGAAUCGAACUAAAUAAAGCUUAAAAACAGUAUUAAAAAAAUGAAAAUAAAAAAAAAACACAAAACAACAGGAAACAGGAGACACUAGAUGUAUAAUAUGAUUUCAGCUUUGGAACCCUGAUCGAGAUCGUUGAGCCUUCCGUCCAAUUUGAUUGAGAUUGCGGGGGAUGAAACGGAAAGUAUAAAUUAUAAAUUAGAUGCCAAUUAAAGUAGAAUUCGAUCGAAUGAUUUUCGCAUUUUGCUUCGCUUGAGAAAGAGAGAGAUGCCCCAAAGAAGAAGCCACACACAGCAGCAGCAGCUCGAAUUUUUUUUCACUUGUUUUCCAUGAAUUGGUGCUUAUCGAAUUUAUUGCCACAACAACUAUAUAUGUGUAGUUAUAGUUGCCUAAUAAUCGCGUGCGUGCGUGUGUGUGUGUUUUGAUCGUUUCCUUGCCUCCUUAGAAACUAAGCCAAGAAUUGCUAUUACAAAGAACAUGAAAAUGAAAAGAAAAAACCCCGUAGAAAAGGAGGAAAACCAAAAGAUUGCUGAAUUAGUUGCGCAAACGAGCAAGAAAACGAAAUUUUAUAAAAAACAAAAACAAAAUAAAUUACCAACUCGAAAACCAGACCAGAAAACGAGGCCAAAACCGAACGAUCAGAGUUGGAUGAUAAAUAAGGAAGCCAGCCAGCCAGCCAAGUAGAAAGCAGCUUAGAGCAGAGCAAGUAUAUGUCCGUAUAAGGAAGAGCGAGAGCGGACAGGGGGGAUACGGUAAAGGAGGAGGGCAAAACAAGGAACGUAUCCGGACAAAUGUCCGCUCAACAGAGACAGAGAUAGAAAGGGAGAGGGAGUCCGCGUGCGUGCGAUAGCGUUAUAUCAAAAAAAAAAAAGAACAAAAAAUAAGGAAACAAAUUCGGAAUCUGCUCCGAUAUUUGCCGGAGUAUCUGUGUAUAUAUAUUAAGGCUAAUCAAGGUAAACUAGUGUUAUAUCGUAUAUGGCACCGUGCAUCGUAAUCUCUAGUUAUAUAUAAUAUAUAUAUAAAAAUAUAAAUAAAAAUACAAAAUAAUAGAAGUUCAUGCGCCAAAGUGUGAACAAAUUUUUUUUGGCUUUUUUUUCUCCAUCGUUGUCGCGCCUAAUUAGAUGUAAAAUAAACGAGACAAACUAUCGGAUAAAUGGCAAAUAUAUAUAUAUAGUAUAUAUAUUAAUAUAUAUAUAUAUAUGGUAUGUAAUAUGUAUAGGAGUCUAAAUGUUAGUUAUACGUGUGCGGCGGGGUACCACUGUACUAGCCUAGCCGCUCGAAUUUCUCCCAUCUGGUUUUCGAUUCGUUUCCAUUUCCGUUUCGUUGAUUGGCAAACCAAAACAAUUCGAAAAAGAGCAGGAGUCAGUUACCUAUUAGAAUUUGGCAAGCAUAAAAAGCAUAAAACAAGCAACAAAACAAAAACAACAAAACAAAAACAAAAAAACAAAAACCAAAAAACAAAAGGAAAUUGCUUCAAAAGCAAACAAAAAAAAUGAUAAACAAAUGGCACACUAAAAUUAAUAUUACGGAUUAGAGCGAACUAUUGAGAAUGGCUUGAGAGAGGGAAUGAACGGAGAAACCGAAAAUAAAAAAUAAACUAAAAAGUAUAAAUUAUGAAUUAUGGAUUAUGAAUUAUGAAAACAAAAGAAGCAGCAACAAAUAUUUAUGUGUAAAUAACAGAAAGAAAAAGAAAAACGAAAAACGAAAAAAGAAAAACCAAGUAUUUUAGGAUAUUUAUGUUAGAGAGCUACACGAACUUCAACUUAAACCGAAGGAGUAACUUACAACUAAACCUAAACUUAAACCUAAACUAAUGCUAAAGUCGAAGGGCGGAAAGGAGUAAGUAGAUGGGAGAGGAGAAGUGGAGAAUACUUAGCAAAUAAAGAAACAGGGAAACAAUUGAGAUAAAUUAACAUUUAAACGUUUUGCACACACCACAAGAACAAGAAAUCAACAACAAAAAGCUAAACAACAACAAAAAACUAGAAAAGAACACACACACAAACACACACUGAUACCAGAUACAUUCACAUCUAUACACUGACAGUAAUCCAGAUACACACACACACACACACUCAACAGCAAAGCAAACAACAAAAUUUAGCAACAACAAGAAUUUAUGAGAUAUAAUAAACGAAAACAAGAAUAAAAAUAAUAUAAACAAAAACCAACCAAAAAGGCAGCAGCAGCAGCAGCAGCUGCCGCAUCAGCGAAGACGCGAACCAGAAAAGUCAAGCAAACAACUUAUUAUAAACAUUAACAAAAAAGCAGAUGAAAACGAAACAAAAAUGAACAAAUUAUAUUUAUUAGACAAAAUAGCUGAGAAGAGCGGAAUCUGUAGUAUAUCGAACUAUGUAAUUCACAAAUAGUAAAUAAACCGAGGCAAAAACCAAGCGAACCUAAGGAAUAUUGUAGGGCAAAUUCAAACUAAAAAAACUAAACCUAAACCUAAACGUAAAUCGAGAAACAUCCCAAAAAAACGUUUUUUUUUUUGUCUGUGUAAGCUUAGUGGAGAACACACACACACACUUCCGCACACCACCCCCCGUAUUGUCAAAUAGCCAAUUGCAAAAUGCAAAUAGCGAUAAACGACAAGCGAUAAACGAUAAAAACGAUAAACAGAACUCAAAACACAACUACAACAACACACAAUUCAUCACCUAGACAACCCCCCUAGGCAUAUGCAUAUAUAUAUAUAUAUAUCUAUCGGUAAAUGAACAAUUAUAUAUGGCAUUAUAUUACCAUUACCAUUACCACAGCAGAACAGUAAAAUAAAAUGACAUAAAAUACAAAUAAUUACGAUAAUUAUUGCAAUAAUGAUAAUGAUAUACCAUAUAUGUAAUGAUUUCAACGCGAAACGAGAAUAUUUUAAGCGUAUUAAGUUGAACUAUAUUAUAUAUGAGAAUAUAUAAAUGGAAAGGAAAAACAAAAACGAAGAAAAAAACCGAUAAAAAUAAACCAAAACAAAAAAGAAAAGAGGAAAAAAAACCACACACACAACACAACUUCUGAGGAUAUCAAGGGUCUAAGAAUAAAUAAAAACUAAUGAAUUAAUUAAAAAUAAAUAAAUGAAUAUGAAAACUAAAUGUGAA